UGUACUAUCCAUUAAAUGUAAACAAGGCUAAAAAAGUUGUGGCCACGUUAUGAUGCUUUGGUUAAAAUAUUUAUUCAUCCACUUGCAAUUCCAGAUUGUGUGUUGUUCUUCACACAAGCUUGCACAAAAGAGAAUGCACCAUGCACUAUAGAUUGCACUCCACUUGUAAUCUAGCCCAUAAUAUUUUGUCCUAUAAAUUGUAUUUUCCUUUAGUAAUUAGUUCCGUUCUUUUCAUUGUGUUAUUGGCAGCUCAGAGUGGAGCAGGGGUUUCAUCUUCAUCAUCAUCAUCAUCAUCAUCAUCAUCUUCAUCAUCAUCAUCAUCUUCUUCAUCAUCUUCAUCUUCAUCAUCAAAAAAGAAAAUUGGAAUUAUCCAUAAGCAAAAAAUGAAGUUAAUUUCUGAAGGAAAAAAUUAUAAAGUUAAUAAUUACCUUGACAGUAAAGUUACACCAAGGUCCCCUGAGGAAAUUGUGAAUGAUGCGUUGUAUCGUGAUGGAGACGAAGUAGAUUAUAAUUUGACAACCAACAACUGUGAACAUUUUGCAACACGAAUGAGAUAUGGAGACGUUUUCUCUAAACAGGUUUUGAUGACAGGUGGAAAAGCACUGGCGAUUGUGGGAGGUGCAGCAGCAGUGGUCGGAGGAGCGGCUGUUGGCGUUCCUGUUGCAAUAGUGGGAGGGGCUUUAUACCUUACUACAAAAAUAGUUUGUGACUGGAUUUAAAGGAACAUUAAAAUUUGCAAUGAUCUAGAUGUGCACAAGCUCUAUAUAUUUACACGUGGGCCCCAGCUUCUACAGAGCAGAGAUAUGUAUAUGUAUUUUGUGAUUGGCUGAUGGCUGUCACAUGAUGCAGUGGGAGGGAAAAUAGAACUAAAAAGAAGAAAAAAGGGCCAAAUGUAUAUUAAUAAUAUUUCCAGCUUGUUAGCCUUGAAAUGAUGCUAAAUAUAAAGCAGGCGUGCUGCAGCAUAUAAAUAAAUAUAAUAAGCACGAGCACAUGACAUAUCAUUUUAUUUAUACAUUAAACUUGUCAUUUAUUGUGUGACAGAAGAAUCAUUUCUGCUGUCCCUAACCAAUUAAAUCAGUGUGAAAACAUUGUUACUUAAAGGGACACUCAAAUCAAAAUAAACUUUUAUGACUCAGAUAGAGCAGCAGUUGUAAGAUACUUUGCAAUUUACUUCCGUUUGCACAGUCUUUUUAUUUUAUAUACACACUUUCUGGGGAACAAGAUCCUACUGAGCACGUGCGCAAGCUCACAGGGUAUACGUAUACUAGAUCCUACUGAGCACGUGCGCAAGCUCACAGGGUAUACAAAUACUAGAUCCUACUGAGCACGUGCACAAGCUCACAGGGUAUACGUAUACUAGAUCCUACUGAGCACGUGCACAAGCUCACAGGGUAUACGUAUACUAGAUCCUACUGAGCACGUGCGCAAGCUCACAGGGUAUACGUAUACUAGAUCCUACUGAGCACGUGCACAAGCUCACAGGGUAUACAAAUACUAGAUCCUACUGAGCACGUGCACAAGCUCACAGGGUAUACGUAUACUAGAUCCUACUGAGCACGUGCGCAAGCUCACAGGGUAUACGUAUACUAGAUCCUACUGAGCACGUGCACAAGCUCACAGGGUAUACGUAUACUAAAAGAACACAAGGGGAUACGCACAUCAAGUACAAAAAGUGAAGAGACAGCAAAAAGGAACUAACGCAUUACACUGCCCCUUGUAGCGCUUACUCAUAGCUCCUCUUUAUCACACACGCUCCGGGCAUAAAGACGUGUGGCGCACAUAUACCAGUUUGUGAUUGGCUGAUGUCUGUCACAUGAUAUAGGGGGCUGGAAAAGAUUGAAAAAAUAAAUAAUCUACUGCUCA